AUGUACAGAUACGUGAAAUUCGCCUCCCCACACGAACACUCCCUCACUUUCUCCCUCUUAAACCUCAACGUCGUUUUAUCCGGAGUGUUGGUGCUUCUCCUUAUCGAGGUCAGCGGUCCGAUCUACGGGUGGGCGGAAUACGGCUAUGUGGAGGACUGCGGCAUGUGUGUGCUAAAUCCUCGGUCCACCCACAUCUUCACGUAUACCGUAAUUCAGACAUCUUGCUACGUCACUUUGCCUGCACUCGUCACCGUCUUCGCCUCCGCUAGGGUUCUGCGCGAACUCUCCUCUUCUGACCCGGCGCCGCUCACCAGGGGAUCGCAGGUACUGAAAUCAGUCAUGGGAGUGACUGUGUUAUGCUGUUCCAUGCUGACGUCGGUUCUGCUCAUGGUGCCAUAUCACGUGUUGCUAAUGCUGCAGGCUGCUGAUGUGCCUGUACCUACCUGGACCAAGAUAAUGUCAUACUGGCUGAAGAUUUUGGCUCUUACCUGCGUCUACCCGGUGAUCCUGCUCUCAGCUAGGCCAGGGGAGGUCUGGCCUCCCUUCAUCGCCACCUUCCACAGCCUCAAGCGAUGUCGAGUGCGAGGUUACCUGCAAGACCACGAGGGCGACCUUGACCUCUCCAGCAUCGGCGUCGGUGGAGGAGGAGUAGGAGGCGUCGGAGGAGGAGGAGGAGGUGGCGUGAUGGGCAGCGUGAGCGUGAGCGUGGGCGUGAGCGAGGGGUCUCUGCGGAAGUCGAGGAGGAUCUCAAGGGCGUCUCACGUGACCGACUCGACUGUAGUCUCAGCCUCACCCUCGCACUCGACCAAGGAGACGUGCCCGCCCUCCACCGUCAGUAGGCUGUAGGAGGCCUUGUAGAAGAGGAAGAGGAGGAGGAGGAGAGAGAGAGAGAG